AGGAUAAACUCAUAAUCACACAAGCCGAACUUGAUCACUCGGAGCAAAUGCUUAAAGAACACGCGGAAGCCUUGGAAGAGGCCGAUCGUAUUCGUGAACACGAUUUGAAUACUGCCGCUAGUUUGCAAAAGUACAUUGUGGAGCUUGAAACGAAAUUAGAAAAACAUGAAUCAGGAGUUAUGUUACGCGAAAAUCGUGAUGGACAUCCUGAAAAAUUUAUUAGUGAGACUGUAAGAUUGUUAGAGCAACGAUUGCAAGAGAGCGAAGAGGCAUACAAAGAUUUAGAGAUCAAGUUAAUGAAUGCUGAGCAUGAGAAUAACAAUAAUGAGAGAAUAGAGACGCUGGAAAGAUUAUUGCAAGAGAAGGAAGAUGACUACAACUCAUUGGAGGAAAAAUUUAAAUUGCUUGAUUGCAGCGCAGAAAAGAAGAGCUUGAUGGAUCAAUCGGAGGUGCCACGUUCUCCCAUAACUCAAUCAAUCGGUGGAACCGAUCAAAAUAAUUUACUGACGGUUCUAGCACUCGAAUCAAAGCUUUCGGAAGUUGAGAAGGCUCACGAGGAAUCCGUGAGUGAAUUGACUGUGUUAAAGAAAAAACACAACGAAUGCCUUGAUCAAAUAAAAGAUCUACAAUCGAAACUUGAGGAAAAUCAAGAACCGAUUGUGGAAAGAGAUUCUAGCUUAGAACAAAAAUUGACCAAAAUGCAAGAUCUUUAUAAUAGGAAUUUGACAAGUCUUGCAGAUUCGAGGUUGAAAUAUCAGGCCAGCCUUCAAUUGAUUCAAGAACUUCAAAGUCAACUUGAAGAAUCCAAACGCAAACAUUCAGAGAUGAUGGAGGAUCUGCGUUCCUUCUCUUCAACACCUAUCUCUCCCAUCACUUCAAUCACUUGUUAUUCAGAUUCUCCAAGGGAUGAUGCAACACCAUCCCAGCGAUCGUCAGUUACAGCUUUCUCCGGGAGAUCUUCAUUACAUCGUAAGGCUGUGUCGAUGUCAGCAUCUAUGGAUCUUAAGGGGUCGGAUAAAUGUGAUUUAGAAUAUUCGGCUAUCAUGGAGAAAUUGCAAUUUGAAUUAAAGCUGUUUGAGUCUUCCCCAAAGGAUAAACCAACUAGCUUGGAUGCAAUCCGACAUGAAUUAUCGAGAUUGGAGAUCAAACAUUUGGAAACCGUACAAGUACUCGAUGGAAUUCGCGAAGAACUCGAGAGACGCGACGCGUUAGCAACAUUGCAAAUCAGCUCGAUGACGAAUGCAGGUUCACUUAAAGACGAUAAAGCCGAUACACAUUCAGAAGGACGUUCUACCCCUAUCACAAGUCAGGCUGACGAGCUUGAUAUUGUACAGAGAUUACGAGGAGAAGUAAAUACGCUCAAGGAGAAGCAACGAAAGGUCAUGGAAAACAUAUUCGAACGUGAAAAAGAAAAUAAGCUCAAAUCUGUGGAAGUUCAUCAGUUACAAUCAAGUAUAGGUGGACUCCGAGAACAAUUGAGAGUUGCAAUUGAGGAAAAACUGAGGCACACCGAAAAUACUAACGGUAAUGGCGAGAAAGAUUAUGAAUCGCACAUAAGCGAAUUGCUAUCGAAAGUAAAAGAAUUGGAGGCACAACUCGCAAUCGUUCAAGGAUCAAACCACGAACCGCAAGGCACAGCCCCAGAAGUGAUUUCAUACAAUAACGUAAUUGAGGAUGAAAAUGAGAAGAGAAUGGUGGAACUCCGCGAGCAAGUUGAAAAACUACAGGUAGAGAUCCAAGCCAAGAGUGAUACCAUCGCUACCCUCUUACUUCCAAAUAAUGAACAGGAAAAUCAGAUUCAGCGACUCGAGGAAGAACUCAGAGAGUUCAAGGAAGCUCAUCGACUGGCGAUCCAAGAAAAAAAUCAUGAUUCUCAUAAUUCUCCAGAUGCACGAACAUCCCCAGAUAUUGGAGCACAUGAGAAUGCGACGACGUUAGGAAACACGGUCAAGGAUCUAGAAAUACAAUUAAUAAGAGUCAAAGGGCAGCAUUCUGCGCCGUCUUCUAAACGAAGUUCAAUGAUGUUUAUCACAGACCCGAUACAAAGAACGUUUGACAUUAUUCACUCAAACCUUGAGAUAUUGCAACAAGAGUUGAACGCAGAACAUUCUAGCAUUGAUUGCGAUAAGGAAAAAGAGUGUGUUGUCGAUUCGAAGAAAGAUCUGGUAUCACUGAUGCAAUCAAAUUUCGAGGUGCUUCGAUCGGACAUUAAACGUAAGAAUGAUCUUGUGGAAACCUUAAAGCGUGACUUGGUUGACAAAAGCUUGAUGCAGCAAAAGCUUCAUGAAAAUGAAGUUGAGAUUGAAGUUCUUACACAACAGUUGAGCGUCAUCAAGGUUCAGAAUAAAGGAACACAGAAGCAAAUUGAAGAACUUUUGGAACAACUGACAGAAGCAGAGAAAAAUAGCAAAGAAGCUCAAAAAUUGUUGGAAUCUGAGUUGAAGAACAUAAAGGAGGAGCAUAAUAACCUGAAGAAAGAAUACGAUAAUGUAAGAAAAGAAUACGACAAUGUCAAAAACAGUAAUUCUUCAACUAUCGAGGAGUUAAAAGAAGAAAUCGAUCGCUUAAGAGCUGAAAAAUUGGAACAAGAUACGAUGAUAAAAACAUAUGAAACUCAACUUGAACUCUUGGCGCAAGGAGACCCAGAUAUGGCCGCAUUAAGAAAAGAGCUUGCGGAAUUAAAAACAAUUGAAUCUCGAUUGAAAGAGAGGGUACAAGAAUUAGAAUUACAAAUUGAAAUAGCAGAUGCGAAGUCUAAAAGGUUGCAAAAUAUGAAGGAUGAAUUAAGGACCUUUAAAGAAGGAGAUAUUGAUAAGGAUAUAAUUAUCGAACAAUUACAACAUCAAGUUGCGGACGCCAAGGAAGCAAAGGAUGCAGUAGUUAAUGAGUGGACAAGUAUGAAGGAAAGUUUUCAAACUCAAACAAAACUUGUAAUAACCCUCGAAGGGGGCUUGCAAACUUUGAUGGAUGAGUUAAAUUUGACCAAGAAAAAUCAUACUGCAACACUGCAAGAAGUUGAAGAGUUAACAAGUUUCCUGACAACGAUCAUGCAAAAACAUGAAAGUGACGAAAAAAAGAUUGAGCUUUUGGAAAAGGAGGUUUCGGAAUUAAAGGGAAUUAACCGAAAGGAUCCUUUGGAAUGCCGUGAAAAAUUGGAGGUUCCUACGCACGAAAUAAAAUCACAGGGCAAGAUUUUGAGCGAACUUGAACGCCAGAUAGUUGACCUUGAAAAGGAGAAAGAAACGCUAUCACGGAAUCUCUUAGAACGCGAAAAUCAACAGAAAGAGAUAGCAGCGGAGUUUGAAGAAAAGAUUGAAAAGCUAAAUCAACAAGUAAAUAGUCUAAACGUCAUGAUAAAAGAAAAAGAACAAUUGAUAGAAUCCAAGGAUUCUCUACUCGAGGAAUUGAAUAAUAAGAUUCUCCCGAGUUCGACUUUAACGAAUAAUACAGAGAACGCACAAUCGUUGUUGGUGAAGGAAUUAGAAAAUGCAUUGAAAGAACAUGAAACAAGGUUAAUAGAAGUCAACAGUAGGCUCGAACAAGCUAAGGAAUCCGAGGUGCAGCAGACCGAAAAGAUAAAAAUGAUGGAAUCUCAGCUUCAAGAAUCCCGUUCGCAACGAGAUGAAGAAAUCAAAGCCUUUAGAGAACAAUGUACGUUCUUAAAAAAUGUGAUCGAAAGCGCCAGGGAAAACGAAGCUAUUUCAGGAGAGCUUAAAUCACAAUUUAUCCAACGUAUUGAAGCUCUGGAGGGGAUGAUAAACGAAAGGGAAAAUGAAGAUCAAUGUAAACUCCAAUUUGAACUUGAAGAGCAAAUAAAGACCUUAAAGAAAAAUUACGACUUACUAAAUGAAAAUUUUACCGAGGUAGCUAAUAAAUUUGUUGAUGCAGAGGUUAUUUCUCAAGAACAAAAGGAACGCAUCGUAGAACUGGAGGCAGCGCUUAGAGAUGCAAACGAACAAAAAACCUCACAAUUAGACUCAUCAUUAGAUGUUAACAAACGAAACUCGGUUCUUGAGAAUCCCAAGUUUGCAAGAUUGUCCGCAGUUACUGAAAAUUUGCAACAACAUCAUGAAAAUCUGACUUCCAAAAUUAGCGAAGUUGGAUUUUGCGCUUCAUCAUUAACAGACAAUCUGAAAAAUUUAGAAGUCGAAAUUGAUCAAUUAAAAUCUUUAGAUGAUGUCGAAUCGGUCGAUGUGUUAAAAGAAAGAAUCACAAAACUCAAGUCAGAAAAAGAAGAUUUAAAACAAGUUAACGAAGCUUUAUUUGAGGAAAAGAAUGACGUUGAUCAUAAAAUAAAAACUGUUUUAGAUCAAUUGAAGAUGGCGAGUCAGGACGGAAGUAGAACUGCUGCUUAUAUAGCUGAGCUAAAUACUAAAUUGGAGCUACUUGAAGGUGAACUCGUGAGCCUCAGACAGCACCCAAGUAUUGAAAAAAAGAAGAAGGAAACUAUUGUCAAUGAUAAUUCACAAUCAAAUAAUCUCGAUAUUUCGGAUCCUCAAAAAGAAAAGUAUAUCAAGGAACUUCAAGGAAAGGUGGUUGAUCUUGAACGACAACUACAAAGAAGCUGUGCCGACAACCUGACAACGUUCUCUAAAACCACAAGGAUGGAAAUUCAAGAAUUAUAUAAGAUUAUAAUGGAGAUUGAGGAAGAGCGACAAAAAGUUGAGCAAUCGCUAGAAAAAGAAAAGAAGGCAAAGACUAACGCAGAAAUAGCGUUGAGAGAAUUACAAAAACAAUUAGAAACACUUCAAGUUUCGACUAAAAAGAAGAAAUUUAGAUUCUUGUGUGUAUAG